UCGAUAUUUUUAGCAGUCCCUACCAGAAUAUUAGAGUUUAGUAUUUGUUUUCGCGUAAAGUUAUGGCCGGAUUAUUAUACUUAAGUAAAUUGUGCAGUAAAAAGAAGACACUUACAUACACUUUCCACAUUGCAUGCCACAAACAAACUUGUACUCGACUGCAAACGCGUGUGCUUUAUGCCACGCUUGCCAGAUCGGACGAUGAUUCACAGCACAAUUCCAAGUCCAACAAGAGGAUAACACCGUUUACGCCCACACCAGGCAACAAAUUGCUUGGCGGCGUCUUUGCCAAGAAGUUAAAAGGCAGCGGCGGCAACGAUGGCGGCGCAACGCUGGGCAAACUGGACGCACCCGAGGUCACCUCGAAGGACAUGCUGCGCGCCAUGAUGGCGUACAUUUGGCCUAAGGAUGAUGCACUGGUGCGCAAGCGUGUGGGCAUCUCGCUGGGUCUGCUCGCCGGCUCCAAGCUGUUGACCGUGUGUGUGCCAUUUAUGUUCAAAGGCGCCGUGGAUACGAUGACAACGCUGAACAUGGACACAGCGCCGGACGCAGUGUUGUCGGCAGCCACGGCCUUGCUGCUGGGCUAUGGCAUUGCCAGAGCCAGCGCCGCUGGCUUCAAUGAGCUGCGCAACGCUGUGUUCGCCAAGGUGGCCCACCAUUCCAUACGUAAGAUAGCCACCAAUGUGUUCCUGCAUCUGCACAAUCUGGACUUGGCCUUUCAUUUGAACAAGCAGACGGGCGCGCUGUCCAAGACAAUCGAUCGGGGCUCACGUGGCAUUAACUUUGUGCUGUCCGCCAUGGUGUUCAACAUAGUGCCCACCAUAUUUGAGCUGACGCUGGUCUCCAGCUUAUUGGGCAUUAAAUACGGUCUAGCUUUCGCCGGCGUAAGCAUGGGCUGUGUGGGCGUCUAUGCCCUGUACACACUGAGUGUGACGCAGUGGCGCACACGCUUUCGCGUCUACAUGAACCAGGCGGAGAACGAGGCGGGCAACAAGGCUGUUGAUUCGCUGAUCAACUAUGAGACGGUCAAAUAUUUUAACAACGAGAAGUACGAGGCCGGCUGCUAUAAUGAGGUGCUGAAGAAGUACGAGACGGCCAGCUUGAAGACCAGCUCCAGCUUGGCGCUGCUCAAUUUUGGACAGAAUGCGAUCUUUAGCAGCGCGCUUAGCUUAAUUAUGGUGUUGGCCGCCAAGGAGAUUGUCCAGGGCAAUAUGACGGUCGGUGAUCUGGUCAUGGUGAACGGCUUGCUAUUCCAGCUGUCCAUACCAUUGGGCUUUCUGGGCAGCGUGUAUCGCGAGGUACGGCAGGCGCUGCUGGACAUGCAGGCCAUGUUUACGCUCAUGAAUGUGGACAGCGGCAUACAGUCGGCGCCCAAUGCGCAGCCACUCUACGUGGACAACAGCAAUGCGUCUAUUGAGUUUCAGAAUGUUAGUUUCGAGUAUGAGCCGGGCAAGGCCAUUUUUAAGGAUCUGUCGUUUAGCAUACCCGCCGGCAAGAAUGUGGCCAUUGUCGGUGGUUCCGGUUCCGGUAAAUCGUCUAUGGUGCGUUUACUCUUCCGCUUCUUCGAGCCGAAUGCGGGUCGUAUUUUGAUUGGGGGCCAGGACAUCAGCGGCGUUGAACUGGACAGCCUGCGCCGAAGCAUUGCUGUCGUGCCUCAGGACUCCGUGCUCUUCCACAAUACCAUCGAACACAACAUACACUACGGCAACCUGAGCAAAUCGCACCUGGAUGUGCAAAAUGCGGCACGUAUGGCCGAUCUGCAUGAUUCGAUCAUGAGCUGGCCCAAUCAGUACCGCACCCAGGUCGGCGAACGGGGUCUUAAGCUCUCCGGCGGCGAGAAGCAGCGUGUGGCAAUUGCGCGGGCCAUCCUGAAGAACACGCCCAUUCUGAUCUUCGACGAGGCUACCAGCAGCCUGGAUUCCAUCACGGAGCAUAACAUAUUGCAGGCUCUUUCACGCGCUACCUCGGGCCGCACCAGCAUUUGCAUAGCCCAUCGUUUGUCCACAAUCAAGGAUGCCGAUGAGAUUCUGGUACUAGAGAAUGGCUGUGUGGGAGAACGUGGCACUCACAUGGAGUUGCUCAAACAAAAUGGCCUCUAUGCCCGCCUGUGGGAAACCCAGACCCAACAAUUCGAUCCCAGUCGUCGCGCAGAGGAGGCGUCGCAGCAAAAGACAGCGAACGUUCUGUAGUCCUUUUGUUGGCCACGUUGAUCACGUUUUCUAGUUUUAAUGAUGCGCUUUGUUAAUUGACGAGGUCACAAAAUUUUAAGUGCAGAGAUUUGUUAUUAUUUAGGUUGAAAAUAAUAUUGUGUCCGGUUUGUAAAUACAGUUAUACAUAUAAGUA